AUGUGGAAGGGCUUUCUAGCAGGUUGCAGGCCUCUUAUAGGUGUUGAUGGAACACAUUUGAAGGGAAAUUAUGGAGGCAUCCUUUUAUCAGCAGUUGCACUUGAUGCCAAUAAUGAGAUAUUCCCAUUGGCAUAUGCAGUUGUCAGUGUUGAAGACAAAGAAAACUGGAGUUGGUUCUUUUGGAACUUGUAUAAUUUGGUUAAAGAUUCCAGCAGAGGUGAUUGGACAAAAAUAUCUGACAGACAGAAGGGAAUUGAUCUUGCUUUAAUGGAUGUAUGGCCAUCUGCAAAAAGAAGAUACUGUUGCAGGCACAUAAGCAGGAACUACAAGAAGCAAUUCUCUGGCCCUUUAAUGUACAUUCUCUUUUGGAGGGCUUGUAAUGCAACCUCACAAUUUACAUUCAGAAAAGCUAUGGAAAGGCUCAAAGAAGCUGGAGAGAGCUUCAAUUCUACUCUUGGAAUUGAUAGGUGCAGGCCAGUACUAACCCUACUUGAAGGUAUGAGAAGAGUGUGCAUGGUUCGAAUUUCAACAAGGUAUCAACAUGCAUUAGGAUGGAAAGAUGAUGAGCUCUGUCCCAAGAUAAUUAAGGCACUGAAGGUUAUCAGCAAAGACACCAUCUGCUGCAAGGCCUAUAUGUCAAAGCCUGGAGAGUAUGAAAUUCAUGAGGGAAAAUCCCAUUUUCCCUUAUCUCUCAAUAAUAAAAUAUGCUCAUGUGGUGCUUGGCAGAUUUCAGGUAUACCUUGCAGGCAUGCCAUAAGAGCUAUGGUGCAUGCAAAAAUUGACCCUCACACUGUGGUUUCAGCCUGGUAUUCUGUGAGGACAUACAAACAGGCCUAUAGCUUCCACAUUAACCCUAUACCAGACAAGGAGCAGUGGCCUGCAUAUGCUGAUUUGCCUACCAUCAUGCCACCAACACUAAAGAGGGGAGUAGGAAGACCUUCUAGAAACAGAAGAAGGGAAGAAGGAGAAGACAAAAAGGGCAAAAGAACUCAGACUGUGAAAUGCAAAAAAUGUGGAUGUCUUGGCCACAAUUCAAGGACUUGCAAGGGAGGUCUGACUGAGAAAGAAAAGAGAGCUGCAGGAGGUGAGCCAGUGCUGGUUAGGCAUCCCAGAGUUAGGGAUCAAUCCAAUGCUGCCAAAGCAGCCAAGGCAGCAGCUACGACAUCUCAGCCAGCUGAAUUUACUGAUUCCCAGUUCCCAAUGUCUCAAUCACAAUCUCAAGCCUAA